UCCAAUAACUCCCAUUAUUCACUUAACAUAAAAUGUCUCAUCCUCUAUCAAAAUCAGCUUCAUCGCCAUUAAAUUCCAACUCCACCAUCGACGAUCCUUUCAAAAACCUUGGCAUAGUUCGAAACCAAGAUGGAACUAUCACAAGGAUCAUUCAAUAUCCAACAACUCCACCAACACAAGACCUAAUAAACCCUAUUCUGACCAAAGAUCUCCCUCUAAAUCCUAAAAACAAAACUUGGGUACGCAUAUUCCUACCCAGAAAGGCACUUCAAAAUCAAAAUAACUCAACAAAGCUCCCUCUUAUAGUUUACUACCAUGGUGGUGGUUUCAUAUACACAAGUGCUUCUUCCACCAUCAACCAUGACUUCUGCUCUAACAUGUCACUCCAACUCUCCGCCGUUGUCGCCUCCGUUGACUACCGUCUUGCCCCGGAAUACCGGCUCCCUGCGGCCUACGACGACUCCGUGGAGGCCUUGCAUUGGCUAAGAACCACCGAUGAAACAUGGGUACGUGACUAUGCUGAUUUUUCUAAGUGUUACAUCAUGGGUUCUAGUGCGGGAGGGAACAUUGCUUACCAUGUAGGGCUACUUGUGUCUACAACCGUUAAUUCAUUUGACUUUGACCCUUUGAAGAUCAGAGGGCUUAUAUUGCACCAUCCGUUUUUCGGUGGUUCCCAAAGGACUGAGUCUGAGUUGAGGUCGGUCAACGAUCCGGUUCUGCCUAUUGGGAACUGCGAUCUUAUGUGGGAGCUGGCGUUGCCUGAGGGUGCAGGGAGGGACCACUGGUAUUGCAAUCCAACGGUGGUGGAUGAUGAUGUGUGUUUUGAAGAGAUCAAAAGGCUGAGAUGGAAGGUCUUUGUUUUGGGAUGUUAUGGGGACCCUAUGAUUGAUCGCAUGGUGGGGUUGGUGGCCAUGUUGAGAAGAAAAGGUGUUGAGGUUGUCGAUCACUUUGGAGAAGGCCAUCAUGGGGUUACAUAUGGUGAUCCAAGCCACGAGAAAUUCUUCCUUCGAAUAAAAGAUUUCAUAGAUAUAUAAAUAUAGAAUUUAAUUUUUACUUAUGGUGAAUGAACAU